AAAUACAAUGAGAACUCUUUCAUGUGAAUCAAAACAGGGGAUGGGGACCCGACUACCCAUCAGAAAGCAAGAUGGCGGCUUUGAGAAUUCUUCGGACCCGAGCUUUGCUGGUCAGCCCUCAGCUUGUGACUCGCUCGUUUCUGAAGACCGAUAAUGCUAGGACACCUUACGCUCCCACAGCUGUACACACAACUCCACAGAAUCAGAAUGCUGGUCAGUCUGGUAUGAUGGCGUCGACGCGCUGGAAAUUUGAGCACAUGGUCACUCUGGCAAUGACGGCAGCUGUUCCAACUGCUUUCAUUACACAGCAUCCUUUGCUGGACUACGUUUUGGCCGGAUGUCUGACUUUACAUGGCCACUGGGGUAUGGAGUCAAUCUUCUUGGACUACAUGCCCGGCAAGACCUUACCCAAGGUGGCUAACUCCUGUCUGUUCGGCGUCUCGGUGUUGACGUUCGCUGGGCUUUGCUACUUCAACUACAACGAUGUCGGGAUCACCAAGGCCAUCAUGAUGCUGUGGUCAUAAACCAGCCCAGAUCCUCAUGAAAUACUUAAAAGAAAUGAUAUCUAAAUCUCUCUAUCAUGACUACGAAUAGACCUUAUGCGUGGCAGGCACCUUAGAGGGCAAUGCCUUUGUUAUGCA